AUGUUUGCUGCUGUAGGUGCAAGUUUCUGUGCGUGGUUUCAUGCAGCUGGGGAAUGGGACACUGAGGAGUUGAGGCAUUUGCUCUUUGCCAUCUUUCUGCUGGUCUACAUAGUGGCUGUGGCUGGGAACUUCCGACUCCACACCCCCAUGUAUUUCUUCCUGGCCAACCUCUCGCUGCUGGAUACUGCCUAUAUGUCCAACACGGUGCCUCAGAUUCUAGUACAUCUGCUGGCACCAGUGCGGGUCAUGCCCUGUCAUGCUUGUCUUACCCAGAUAUUCUUUCUCCACUUCCUGGCUCCCUGGGAGUGCUUCCUGCUCACAGCCAUGGCCUAUGACCACUACGCAGCCAUCUGCCAGCCACUGCACUACCUAGUCCUCAUGGGCCAAAGGACCCGGACAGGACUGGCUUCAAUCUCCUGCCUGCUUGCUUUGACCAAUGCACUCACCCACACCAUCCUUGCAGCUCUACUCAAGUUCUGUGGACCCUGCCUUAUCACCCACUACUUUUGUGACCUCCCUCCACUGCUCAAACUCUCUUGCUCCACCACGUGGGCCAAUGAACUUGCCCUGUUCUUCUUCAGUUUUCUGGUGGCUCUUGCACCCUGUGCCCUGGUUGUGAUCUCCUAUAUACAUGUUGUCGCUGCGGUUUUCAGGAUUCACUCUGCCGAGGGCCGAAGAAAAGCCUUUUCUACCCGUGGCGCUCACAUCACCAUGGUCUGUAUUUUCUACAUCACUUCAGUCCUCCGCUGCAUCCUUCCCAGCUCUGCACACUCUGGCUUGAGAGACCAGGUUCUUUCUGUGCUGUAUGUGGUCCUCGCUCCCAUGCUCAACCCCAUCGUCUACGGCAUAUGCGAAACAAGGCCACACUCCUCCAGUGCGGCUGGCACAUACCUGAUGCUUUGGGAGUGA